UUGUCAGUUUACGGCAACAUGGCAGCCUGCUGGCUGAAGUCAUGGCCGGCUGGAGCUUUGGGUAGCCCAGACGCUAGAUCGCACCCAUAGAAUGGAUGGUCGCACACCCAAUACACGUGUCUACGUCAUCACGAGCACACUGCGCAGGCGUUGACACGUGUACCGGGUGCGAUCUAGCGUUUACCCCGGAGCUGAGAUUCUCUUGGCUCUGGCUGUCUGAAACUUAAACAUGAAAACGGGUACGAACUGCACGAUAGCAGCAGGUCGGUAACGGAAGCCUCGUGAAGAUGAUGAUAAUGAUGUGUUUUCGGAGGCUUUCCCCGCCGUUGUGUCGCAACGCAGCAAAUGUUCGCUGUCUGUUGUCUGCGCAGUGUGCGGGUGUGUGUCGGCUCGAGCCUGCGUCAUGGCGGCACAGACACACACCUGUCGCCGACUGCGCGAGGUUAAAACAGUCUCCGGCUAGCGGCUCGUGGGUCUUUAGAGUCAAUGGGACGGACAGCCGCGUUGCGUGCUGGAGUGGGAUCCUCCAGCAGGUGAAAGCGACACCCUGGCACGCGCAAGGAACCGUGCUUCUGCACCGGGGAGGUCACGACAGGUCGGUGACCAGCUUCAAGUCCCUGCUGUCCCCUAAAGCUCGUGGGCUUUGCAGCGGGAAGACCAAGGAGACGCCGGACAGCUCCCCCGCAGCGGACCGGAAUGAAGCCAGUCCGGUACCGGGAGAGGGCCUCUUCAAGUUCAAAGAGCUGUAUGAGAACCCGUGGACAAUCCCCAACUUCUUGUGUGUGUGUCGGAUUUUGCUGGCUCCAUACUUGGGUCAUCUGAUCAUCCAGCAGCACUUUCACCUCAGUCUCGCUUUGUUCACACUGGCUGGAGCAACUGACCUGUUGGAUGGUUACAUUGCCAGAAGGUGGCCAAGUCAAAAGUCGGCGUUGGGCAGCGCUCUCGACCCAUUGGCUGACAAGAUUCUUAUCAGUAUUUUGUAUGUCAGUCUCACCUAUGCUGAACUUAUACCAGCUCUGCUGACAGCUCUAGUGAUUUCCAGAGACAUUGGUUUGAUAGCUGCUGUCUUCUGGGUUAGAUACAAGACUGUACCUCCACCGGUGACCCUUAGCAAGUUUUUUAACCCCUGCUACACCACAGCACAGCUCAAGCCCACACUCUUCAGCAAGGUGAACACAGCCAUCCAGCUCCUUCUGGUUGCAUCUUCUCUGGCUGCCCCAGUCUUUCAGUAUACAGACCAUAUCCUGCUGCAGGGCUUAUGGUAUGUUACAGCGGUGACUACAGCGGCGUCAGGCUAUAGCUACUGGCACUACGGCCGCAAGACUGUCCAGGUGCUAAACACCAGAUCACAAUGACAACCACGCCAGGAAACAUCCAGAAAGCAGAGCAAAUGUAGUGAACAGCCGCGUCAGGGACACUGAUCGGCCAUGGCAAAAGUCGGACAGAUGGAUAAUCGCCAGGAGCUCUAAAAACCAAGUAGCUGUGACAGCCAUUUAUGAGUCGCCAUGGCGAUGACACACGGAAACCAACCGAGGCCGCAGAUGGUUUAACUGCAAACACUACAGAAACGCCUAACGGCAACUCUGCCGCUGGACUGGCUGUGGACUAGAGACACACGCACACAGAUAGAAACUGCAAACCCAAAUAUAGACCAUCCACCCACACACUCGCACAUAUAUACUCCUAUACACAUACAUGUCAAGUACAGUAUAUGUUAAGUGAUCUGGCAAGAGCUUCUAUUUUUUUGGGUAGUUUUUCAAUCAAGAGGUUGCAAUGUCAACACAAUUGUCAGUUUUGUAAACCAAUGAUUUAUGAGUAAAACAGAAAAUUUGCUUUGGUUUGUCUGUGUGUGUACGUGACUGCAAGGCUGGUUUUUCUUCAGUAAAAAACAGAACAAAACAUGUUUAAUCUUAUGAGACACAAAUCUGACAGUUUAUCCAUUUUUAAAUCGGAGCAUUAAAAAUCCAAUGACGUGCUACCAGUGUUGCAUAGGACCAGCACACCCUGUUGGUGCUGAUCCAUUUGGUGGUCCUGAGUAUAAUCUUAAAACUACAGCUGCAAAUUCUUAUCCUUGUUCAGUAGAGCAGACGCAAUUAUGCUAUUCAUGAAUUCAAGUCGUAGGAGUUUUAGCAAUAUGUAAUUUUGAGAAUCCUCUGAAGCAUUUUUCUUGUAAGAAAUGCCUAAAAUGCACUUGUUUCCAGCGCCUUCGGUGUGAGCAUUUGCUGCUUUUCCAUGUUCCUGUAAAUAUCCAAUAUCUUUGUGUUUUGGACUGUUAGGUUUUUUAAAUUCCUCACCUGGGGGGGGGGUCUGGGAAACUGAGGAUCGUUUUACAUUCUUUCCUGACAUUUUAUAGACUAAACAAGAAUAGAACCCACAGAUUUAUCAAUAGUGAAAAUAAUUGUUUUAUAAAAGAUGCAGCCCUAUUA